AUGCCUGUCGUAGGGACCGAAGCAAAGGCGCGUUGCGAAGCACCCGGCUGUAACAGAACCUAUGCGAAUCACUCCAACCUCAACAGACACAUCAAGGCCAACCACAGCCAGGCUGUUGAGAUGUCAUGCGGGAAAUCUUUUCCCAAUCACCCGUGGAACAUCAAGCGCCACAAGGAUAGCUGUGGUUGCGUGGUUCUAGUUCCGCCGACUUUUGAAGUUGCCCACAUGAUGUUGGAUAACCCAAACAUGGUGUGCUAUCCCGCGAACCAUGACCUCUAUGGGUCCUACUAG